AUGGGACAUGUUUACUUGACUCACUCUGUCAGGAUGAUUUUCGAUACAAAUAAUAAUCCCUCCCUCAAGUGUGAAUUCCUCAGAAGUAUGGCUGUUGGGAGUGGAUGGCAAGUUAUGGUUGGUUACAUAAACUUGGCAUGCUAUUACAUUGUAGGACUCCCUAUUGGACAUUGCCUUGGUAUAAAUCAACACUUAUGGGUGAAGGGCGUGUGGGGAGGCACAUUACGUAUGGCAGGGUUCUUCAGAUAUUAG